AUGCUUAAAUCUGUGAAUGGUGGAAUUACCACACAAAGCGGUGAUGAGACUUCUGCCCUUACAAUCACUUCAGAAAAUGUUCCCACGACUAGCUAUGCAAAUUUGCAUGCACCAUCAACUUGGCCUUCAACACAACCAUAUAAUGGCAUAAAAGAUCACACUUUCUACACCGUUUUUACAUUCGUUUAUGUCUUUUUGACAUUGUGUUUCAUUAGUUCUUCCUAUGUAAUAUAUCGAACUUAUAUGAAAUGGAAAUAUAAUGAUUACGAAUCACUUCCUAUGUCACUAAGAUUACCGUUUUAUGCUGCUGCAAUUGAUUUGUUUUUAACAAUUGUAUUUCUAAUCAACGUAAGCUACGCAGCUAGAUAUGCGGUUCAAUGGUACAGUCCAAUAUGCGAGAUGCUUGGUGCAUUGUCAGUUUGGAGCGGUUGCUUAAACGUGCACUUUUUCUUUGUAAUAACAAUUCUCACUUAUCUUCGAGUCUGUCGAAAGGUGCAAUUCGAUUAUGGUAAAUAUGAUUACAAAUUUUUCCUAAUCAUUGUUUUGUGGGCCUCGCUACCGGAAUUGCCAGCCCUCAAUGGAGGAUACGGUGCACAAAGAUGGUGGUGUGGUACGAAGGGUGCCUCCAGACUCAUUGCAAUAACAUCAUUCGCCAAUCUAGCUUUGGGAUUGUGCUUAACAGCAUUUGCAUACGUUCGUAUUUUAAUAUUGCUAGCAAAUCAUCGCCCACAACUAGAUGAUCCCAGCAACAUUGAGCGUCGCAUCACCCAAGUUAUCGUACGAUAUAUUUUGCUUUUUUUCCUACAAUGGUUGCCAGCUGGCGCGUAUUCGAUAACUCAGAUGAAUGGUGAUGAAGCAGCUUGGACAUAUAUAGUCUGGAUAUUAGGACAGACUUUCAAUGGAAUAGCAAACGCCAUACAAUACAUACUAAUCGAAGGAUUAUCACAUAAAAUUACACUAAGUUCUAAUAGUUCUAACUCAUCAAACAACACAAUUCUGGUGACUAAAAAAUGUAUCGAAAUAUAA